AUGGUCUUCUUUCGAGGAGCCUCGAUCGUGUCUUUCCUUACCAUUGCUGGCUCAUUUCUAUCACAAACAGCGCAAGCAAUCCCAAGGCCUCACGAUAAUCGAUCAAGGGGUUAUGAUUAUGGUGUAGACAUCGGAGCACUUUUGAAACGGGAUGUUGCUCCUAUGCCUACUACUGGAGUCUCAUUUAACAGCUCAAAUUCAUCCAUACCUGUUCGUCAAGAAAUCCGGGAUCUACAAAAGAAUGCGGAUCUUUGGGAGCUGUAUAUUUUGGGAGUAUCAAUGAUGCAAACUAUCAAUCAAUCAGAUAUUCGUUCAUGGUAUCAAAUAGCCGGCAUUCACGGUAGACCUUAUCUUCCAUAUGACGGAGUUCAAGCAAGUCCCGGUGACGAAAAUAAUGGAUAUUGUACCCAUGUCUCGAUUCUCUUCCCUACUUGGCACAGGCCUUACUUGGCACUCUAUGAGCAAGUACUCCACAGUGUCGUUGUAUUCAUUGCAGCACAGUUCCCCGCUGGAGCCGAGAGAAACAGGUAUACUGCCGCUGCAGCCAACUUCCGUAUUCCAUAUUGGGAUUGGGCUGUAGUACCACCCACUGGGGAGAGUGUUUUACCCCCAAGUGUUUCGACCCCAACUGUUACUGUCAAUGGCCCUGCUGGUGUUCAAACGAUCUCAAAUCCACUGUUCAGUUAUCACUUUAACCCUUUGGACCCAUCGGAGUUGCCUGAUGCACCUUUCAGCCAAUUUCCCCAGACUUUGAGAUAUCCAACAUCCAAUGAUGCCUCUGCUACUUCACAGAACAGCCUUGUUGCUAAACAGCUUGAUAAUAGUGCAGCUUCGUUCCGAAACCGUCUCUACAAUCUCUUCACCAAUUAUCACGACUACAGCACGUUCAGCAAUGAAGCAUGGAUUACCGCCUCUAGCCCAGGAGAUUUUGAUUCUAUUGAAUCUCUUCACGAUCAAAUCCACGGACUGGCAGGAAGUGGUGGCCACAUGUCUUAUAUCGAUUACUCUUCCUUCGAUCCACUUUUCUUUCUUCAUCAUACAAUGAUCGAUCGUUGUUUUGCCAUUUGGCAAACCUUAAACCCGGACAGUUAUGUUACUCCCAGAGAAGCUUCAUAUAGCACUUUCACUAUGACGGCUGGAACUACCCAAGAUGUAUCUACACCACUUAAACCAUUUUAUAACGCCGAUGGAAACAACUUUUAUACUUCUUCUGAUGUUAUAUCAACGGAAUCUUUUGGUUACGCAUAUCCGGAAACUUUACAAGGAGGAAAUACAACUGCUCAAGCUAUCAAGGCCAUAAAUCUUCUAUACGGGACCACUGCUCCGGCAAAGACGGUUUCUCGCGGCUUGUUUCCAGGUCUCGCUUCUAAAUUAUUAGGACGGGAGCACCAACUUAACUCAACAUAUGAUCUUCUCUCCUUCGCCCUCGCCCCAAACGGUCAAUACACUGAAUGGAUUGCCAAUAUUCAAGUCGAGAAAUUCGCCCUCUCCAGGUCGUUCUUCAUCCACGUCUUCCUCGGACCUUUUAAUGAUGACCCUCGAGUUGUCGGCACUCACUGCGUCUUUGCGAAACUUUCAUCCUCAGGUGCCUCUGCAGCUGAUCCUAAUCAAUUGGUCACAGGAACAAUCCCUCUCACUAGUGCCUUACUCGAAGACAUUUCAGAAGGUCAUCUGAGAUCACUGAACGAUGUGGAUGUCGAGCCAUAUCUCAGAAAGAAUCUCCAAUACCGAAUCACACUUCUAAAUGACACGGAAAUUGACAACUCGGCCGUCCCAAGUUUGAAACUUAGUGUGGUGAGCUCCAGUGUCCAACAAAGUACGGCUGAUCAUGAAUUACCAAAAUGGGGUUCGAUGAUUAGUCGCCUGGAGUUAUUUGCCGAAGAGCUGAAGGAAGCGUUGGGAAACACAACCCUAAAGGGAUAUUGA